AGCUUCAUGCCUGAUCUAAUAUCUAAAUACUCUUUUUUUUUUUGUAGAAAAAAAAUGUUUCUUUAUUAGUAAAAAAAACAAAUCUUUACAUGUUUAACAUCUAUUGGGGAUAAAAGGGGUUGUGGAGGAAUUAGAAAAAAUCUAGAAAAAUGGAGGGGAAUAUAAGCAGAGAGCAGUUGAAAAUUGUUGUGCACUUACUGUUACCACUAAGUAUUUAUUGGACAGCUGAAGAGAUGUCUGUUUCUGUUAUUGCUGAUAUCACAACUAAUGCUCUUUGUCCUGGAAAAUCCACUUGCUCUCAAGCUAUUUACAUCAAUGGUCUUCAACAAAUGGUGCUUUUUCUCCCCUCUCUUUUCCUCUAUGUUGAUUUGAUUGCUUAUAGAGAGACUAUGGUGUCAGCUCAGCUUGCGCGUACCUCGAUUAAGAUAUCUGUCACUUUCCAACAACACCAGCUAACUUUAUCCACGAAGGUGGUUGGAAUUUGCAAAAUGGUUGUCAUUCCAGUCAUUGGUCAACUUGCUGAUGAGUACGGGCGUAAACCUCUACUCCUUGUAAUCGUAUCUACUGCUAUUUUUCCUAGUGCUAUAUUGGCUAUAGACGAGUCAAAAGGAUUCGUCUAUGCUUAUUAUGUGCUCCGGAUCAUUUCUCAUAUCAUGAGUCAAGGAAGUAUUUUCUGCAUUUCUACUGCUUAUGCAGCAGAUAUUCUUGAUGGUAGUAAUAGGGCUGCUGCUUUCGGUUGGAUGCACGGAAUUUUAUCUUUAUCUCAUGUUUUGGGAAACUUUCUUGCUCGUUUACUUCCUGGAACCUACAUAUUCAAGGUUUCGGUGGCACUUUUGAUCAUUGCUCCAAUGUACAUGAUAAUCUUUCUUACUGAGACAAUUAAGCUAACUCCAAACCCUAACCAACAUUUACGUUGGUCAAGCAAGGCAUACAAUCUUGUUCAGGAUCGAUAUAGUUCAAUGAGAUACGCAUUACACGUGGUAACAAGCAGUUCAACUCUCAAGUGCAUUUGUCUUGUCUCAUUCUUCUAUGACAUGGGAAUGUCUGGCAUCAGCAGUGUGUUAAUGUACUAUCUGAAGUCAGCAUUUGAUUUCAACAAAAACCAAUUCUCAGAAAUUCUGAUGAUGGUGGGAGUUGGUUCAAUUAUCACUCAGAUGCUGAUUUUUCCUCUAGUCAACCCAUUAGUUGGAGAAAGAAUGGUACUAAGAAUAGCCUUGCUAGCAUCAAUCACAUAUGCAUUGCUUUACGGCUUGGCAUGGGCAUCGUGGGUGCCUUAUUUUAGUGCCUUAUUUCGGAUGGUUUAUCUACUGGAACGCCCUUCUACUAAUGCUAUCGUAUCUAAAGCAUCAAGCUCAUCUGAUCAGGGCAAAACUCAAGGCUUAGUUGCUGGAGCGGAAGCAAUUGGAAGUUUUCUAGCCCCUCUUGUAAUGAGUCCGUUGACCUCUUGGUUCUUGUCUAGCAAUGCACCUUUCAACUGCAAAGGUUUCAGCUUGAUCUGUGCAGCUUUUGCUUUGGCGAUGGCAUUUUAUUUUGCUUGGAUACUACCAGAAGCACCAUCAACACAAGAGGAAAAUGCAGAAAGCCUGGAAGCGCUACUUUUAGCAUAAACUUGAACGAUUUUUUUGAGUUAUAUAUAAACUGAUGGAUUCUAUUGACAUAAAAGAAGAUUGUUUUAGGCCACAUGUUAGGAUUCGAGAUGUGACAUUGUAACUAUUUUUGUUAUUUGAAUUUCUGACUCUGCCACUAAUGAUAUGUACAAAAUUGUACUAAAACUGUUUGGAUUAAAAUGAAAGGGAAGAUAAUGAAAGCUU